AUGUUACUUCUCUUUCGCCACGGUUCAUUGUUCUUCUUUAGUCCCUUUUCUAGGGCAACAAUAGAGCUUCCAAAUUGUCCUUUCGCUGAAGUAACUACUGAGCAUGUUGCAGCACUUUCAUCUCCCCCCACUUCUCAAGAUUGCAUUGUUGCUGUGCUUAACCGCAUCAGUGAUUCUGAAUUAGAACUCUUCAUGCUUCGUCGUGGGGAGAACCAAUGGGUGCAGGCUAAGCACUCCCUUUUGCGCAUUAGGUUUAAUACAGUAAGAGCAGCUUUGUUCCAUGAAGGGGAGGAACUUCACUUUUUGGACGGGGAUGAUAACUUGGUUACCUUUAAUGCUUCUAAAACCAAGCAAUGGGAAGAAUUUCGUUUAUCAUACGCAAAAACCAUUUUCAAUUGGAGGAUAAUUAAGAAGAAAUUAAAAGUGGGAUUAUUAGAGGCAAAUGUUUCAAUUUCUACAUGCGGGACUGUAAUUCCACACGCUGGUGGUGAACUUGACAUGCUAAUUCAGAGUGAAAGCAUUGAGCCAGCAACUCAUCAAUCUGAAAGCCGUCAUCAUCGUAAAGGGGUAUGGAUCCAACCAAGAUAUUUUUAUGUUCCUCCGGGUCAAAAAUGGUAA